AUGACUCCUUCCACCUCUGCGGCUAUGGAGAGCAGUGCUGCUGUAGCACCUGCAUCCAAGUUCAAGCUCAAGUCGCCUCGCAGUCUGUCUCGCCUCAAGGCCAUGCGGCAGUCGGCAAAUUCGACACGGCACACCCACCAGGAUCAACAACGACCUCCUCUGCCUGCCAUUGCCUGCCCUUCGCCCUCUACCACACUCGAUUUGCCCGCUCAUGCUUCUCUCCGGGAACGUCAAUCAUUCUCCGUAGAGCACCUGCCUUGCUCCUCUUCCCACGUCCUUCAGACAUCAGGCGCUAAUGCCAGACCUACCGACUCCACAGACUCAGAACACCCUAGACUCACGCGCCUGGCCUCACUUGGUGAGGUACGGGGAGCAGGCAUCUCUGACUCCCCAUUAUCACCCUCGUCAUCCCCUACUAGGCCAUCUCUGAAUAGCGUAGAGACUACCACCAACGAAUUGGACCCCUUGACUGCUUCGUCUGCCGACAGCACCCCCCGGACUUCGCCCUCAUCUAGUCAUCGAGACCUCAAAGAGAGCCGAGCCGCUUUCUCAGCCGAGCUCUGGACAGGAGGUAUCGGCACGAUGGAAGAUCCGCCUGGCGCUCAAAUCCGUACACCUCUCAAGCCAGGCAUGAAUGGACGAAACCACUUCUCCUCUCCCGCAGGCAGUGCUGUGCGAGCUAUGGGUCGCAAGCUCUUUAGGUUUCGUCAAUCUUCAGCAAGUGAAGCAGCGACUGUCCCACUGUCGAUCUCCGUCCGAGAGACUGAGAGCUCGCGAAUCCACAGUGACCCUGCGGAGAGCUCACAGGGGAUUACGGCGACGACCCCACGACAAAGAGAGUUCAGAUUGGAAAGACAGGGCGAUGAUAUCCCUGGACCACAGCUACCACCGCUUCGCAAUGUCGAUACACCUGCUCUAGCCCAGUGUCCUAUACUCCGCGACCGAUUCUCCGAUGAACCUACACCAACGCAAAGGCGCCAAGCCUCCUCUGCUCAGGCUUCCACUCAACGUCUCCGAAGCUCAUCCUCUACAACAGCAACACCCAAGCUCUCUGCAGAGAGUUUCGAGCUCUUAGAUGCCCUGGAUGCACUCAUGACAUUGGGAGACGAUGAAGCUCAGACGAUCUUCUCCACGCAGAGGGAUGCAACUGGCUCUGCUUGUGCUUCUUCUUCUACGAGAGCCUUCCCUACAUGGCCACAUGCUACUGAUGACCUUGCAGCGCCAAGACUUCUGACUGAAGCGCAAAUGGCACGUCUCGAGGAAGAAGAACGGGUGAAGAAGCCUCGCAGUAUCCUGUCCCGCGUUUCACAAGCUGUUCGCUCGGCUUCGAAUCGCCAGUCUCGACCAGACUCGACUGUCUCAUCUGUAUCGGAAGACGACUAUGGUGGAGACGAAGACUUCACACCCGCAAGAAGUCAGAAUACCCAGAGUGGUCCCCAGGCCAGCCAAGCGUGCGAUGACAAAUCUUCGACAGCCGCUCAGCGUAGCAAGAAGAGCUCUGUGACUUCUCGCAAUGUUCGCAAUAGUGAAGAAGAUCGACCCACGGUGGCACGAAGUAUAGUGACCCCUGGCCCAACUUCUCGUCGUUCUCUACCAGGGCUUGACUCUCCUGCCAAACGGGCGUUGCAUAGCUGUACUCUUCUCAAGAUCCAUCCGCAGCUUGCCCAUCUCCUCAUUGUCAGCAUAGUCCGUGGCUGGCCAAGCAAUGAUGAGCGCGCCAAGGGGCCCGUUGACAUUCUAUACCCUCGGUCCAUCAAUCCCGUUGCAAGGCUCGAGGCAGCAAGUAGGAGAGGUGGAAGCCAGCUGGGUAUCACUCGCGCGCUAAUCACUCCAUUGGCCAGAGAGACACGCAUUGAAGUCGGCCACCGACAUGUAAUGAGGAAACUCAAGUUCCAGCGUCUGGAUCGAGACGAGAUAGUUGAGAUUGGCUACUUUAUGAAAGACUACGCUUCGCAUUACAUCAGUGGCGACGUCAUCGUGAGGGCUGUGAAUGCCAAACAUCAAGUGUCGCCUGAGGCACUAGCUCGGCCACCUGGCCUGGGGCAGGCUGCUUACAAUCGCCGAGCUUCGGUCAGCACACUGGCCUCGGCUGAAGAUAGCAUGAGCAGUGAUCACCGUGUGGACGGAACGAAGCACGGUCUUGCUCAUUGGGCCACUCGCAAGCCAUUCCUAGAGCGAUGCACUAUGAUAAGGGGGGAUUUUGGAACCACUUUUGAUGUUGGUGACGUCGUCGUAGACUCUAAGCGGGCGACGACACUGCCGGCGGUCAAUGUCAAGUCGCCUAGGCCAUCCAAAGUUCGCUUUUCCGAGCAUCUGAUGCUUCAAGCAGGUCUUGCACCACCCAGGAGCCCAGACAGAGGGAUCCGUACUCCGUUGCGCACAGCUGAUCGUGGCAAGAGAGGUAUCAGCAAGAUGCCACCUCCUUGGGUUGCACCACGAGCGUCUGCCGAAGAUCUGGCUUCACGGACAAAGCGCCUACCUAUCUCGUCUGGACCACCGCUGCAGGUGAUAUCUGCAGAAAUUGUGCCAGCUUGCCAAGGCUCGAGGAAAGAGGCCAAGACCGCUGCGUUCCAUGCUGUUCGAGAAGCGGAAAUUGCUGAGAGCAGUGGAAUUGCAUCACAGACACAGGGAAAAGACAUCUCACAUGGACGCUCUUGCAGUCAGAACAGUCAUUCAUCAACGGACGAGUCUUUUCAGUCUGCAGCGAGCUCCAUUCACUCUUCAUUCGGUAAAGAAGAAGACGAAGAUGAUGUACCAAUUGCAGAUCUCUUUGAAAGAAGGGGCACCAGUCUGAAGAGAUAUGGAAAAGGCCACUCGUCUUCAUCAACGGAGACUUUGACACCGCUUCAGUCUUCGUCGACAUCCCCUCCCAGCUCUUCACCGCCUCGACAGACGUACCUUCGACGAUUCCCUCAACCUGUCUCGCCGGUUGACUCUACACCGCAAGAACAGGCUCAAGACUUGAAUAGAUGCAAGGGAAGAAAAAGGGAAAGCCACUUUGGCAUCUUCAGUAAGAAUACAAAGCCUGAGCAGAGCAACCAGGCGAUGUUCGACGUCUUUGGUGCGAAUGGCGCUCCGGUCUCCAAUAGUACGACCGCAACAAAGCGUCUCAGUCACCAGCUUCCGGCAAAAGGUGCAGAACAGCACAAACCGCAAGGCGCGUCUGUGGACAGCACCCAUCGAGCGUUCACGCUCUCGCCCGUUUCAGCUUUUUCUUCUUCCCAUCGGGAUCUGGGAGGACCCUCUAGAGAAGCGAACAGAAUUGCUGACGCGUCUCAUCGACAUAGUCAUCAGCCUAGCCCGGCCAGGCCACAAGUCAAUAGGCAAGCAGCCUACAGAGGUGAGAGCAACGCACCGCCUGCUCCAUCCGCGCAGCUCGCCCAGCGAGUCAACAGUGCCGUGCUGGGGCGGUUUAAGAAUCCCUCAUCUAGUAUUGUAGCCUCCGGGAGUAGCCAUGGGCAAGGCGCUGGGGUCAAUGGACUGGCGACUUCGCCUCGCACUCGAGACAGGGCCUCCGUUGGUCGAUCUACCCCCCAACCUUCUUCGCCGUUCAGGUCUUCGUCUUCUAGCCCUUCGCCAGGUAUGGGCCCGGCUGCUCCAGCCCAGGCAAUGGGUAAUGUGCAAUCUCUCCGCCAUGGUUCCAGCAGCAUUCCGCCGCACACUGAGCGCCCAACGCAUAUCACUGCCGGCACGCCAGAGCGCAGUCCCAGCCAGCAGUAG